CAGCAGCAUAGCUGCAUAGGCGUAGCCACCAUUUGCAAAUCAACUAAUUAAUCAAGUACGAACGAGCUUAACGAUGAGGCUGCUUCUGUGUUUCUGCAUCUGCCUUGUCGUCCUCCUGGUCGCCUCCUCCCCCGACUCCCUCUCCGAGCGCUGCCCGCUGCAGCACCGCCGGCAGCUCCAGGACGUCGUCGUCAGGUUGCAGGCGACAGCCGGGGAGAGCACCGCGGCUGCAGCACGCCCACGGCAAGAGAUCGCCGAUCCGGUCUAUGGGGCCUCCAAGCGGCUCAGCCCGGGGGGAUCCAACCCUCAGCACCACCGCUGAUCGAUCCUUUGCUGGUUCCAUCCAUGACCCGCAUGGCUUGGUCAAUCAGCAAAUAAUCUUCCUCAUCUGUCCCUUAGUGAACACGACUAAGCGUACAGUGAUAGGUAUCCAUCGGCUUUUUGUAUACUUAUAUAGCUUGCGGCAAGAGAAGAUAUUAGUAUUCGAAAAAAAGGCAAGAGAAGAUACUUAAUCCAAAGUGUCCUUUUGCUCACGAUCUCAAAUGCAUCUGCAAUGAAUAGCAUUUCUCUAAAGAAAACUCUGAAAUUUCUUGGCA